CCACAACCCAACACCAAUUCUCAUCUUCAAUUUCAAGUACCAACCCUUCUUCCACCACCAAAGCUCCAUUUUUUUUCACUUCUCCAAUGGCCAAACCCAACCACCUCUGUCACUUCACAGCAAUUCUCUUCCUUUUCCUCCUCAUAUGUCAAUCUUCAUCAGGGAGGCCAUUGAAUGGACUCAACCCAGACAGCCUUCCGGCCACUGAACCCCUGUUAAAUCUAGUCCUCGCCGGAGAUGACAACGUUGACGUUUCGUCGCAGAAGGUUUCUGGUCAGAAUGUUCUUCCAUGUGACAUGGAAUCCGACAAGAAUGUUGUAAUGGAAGUUCGGGCAGCUAAGAAGCUUGAUGGGAGAUUUGGACCAUUGUUCCUGAGUAGUCUUCCCAAGGGAGUGGUGGUGCCACCUUCUGGACCAAGCAAAAGAACCAACAGCAAAAAUGACUAGAUCUGCAUCUAACAAAGAAGCCGUCAAAAUUCGAAUCUCGUCAUCAUG